GCCGGCCGAGCCGCUCCUGCUGGGCGCCCCGACGGGGUCCGGCCGGGGGCGGGGGCCGCGGCCGCCGAGGAUGGGGAAAUCCAACAGCAAGUUGAAGCCCGAAGUUGUGGAGGAGCUGACCAGGAAGACCUACUUUACCGAGAAGGAAGUCCAGCAGUGGUACAAAGGCUUCAUCAAGGACUGCCCCAGCGGGCAGCUGGAUGCUGCAGGCUUCCAGAAAAUCUAUAAGCAGUUCUUCCCAUUUGGAGAUCCUACCAAGUUCGCCACGUUUGUUUUCAACGUCUUUGACGAAAACAAGGACGGGCGGAUCGAGUUCUCUGAGUUCAUCCAGGCGCUGUCGGUGACCUCAAGGGGAACCCUGGAUGAGAAGCUUCGGUGGGCCUUCAAGCUCUACGAUCUGGAUAACGACGGCUACAUCACCAGGAACGAGAUGCUGGACAUUGUGGAUGCCAUUUACCAGAUGGUGGGGAACACCGUGGAGCUCCCCGAGGAGGAAAACACCCCCGAGAAGAGGGUGGACCGGAUCUUCGCCAUGAUGGACAAGAACGCCGACGGGAAGCUGACCCUGCAGGAAUUCCAGGAAGGAUCGAAGGCAGACCCCUCCAUCGUGCAGGCACUGUCCCUCUAUGACGGGCUGGUAUAGUCCACGGCCCAGAGCCGGGAUGCCUGGGAACCACUCACCUCCUCCCGUGCCAUGAGGCCACCUCCGCCCCAACACCACCCUCCUGUGUCCACCCAGCCUUUCUCCGCAUCCAUACCCAGCCGGGCCGCCCUGGAACCGUGAGGCCCAGCUCUCCUCCCCCCAGCCCUGCACCCACCACCGCCUGAAGCCACUGGCUCCAAUUGCCAACCACCUCUGCUUGUCCAGAAACCAACACGGAACGGAAAAGGCUCUAGCCCUCUGCAAAACCAAGGACUCGGCUGCUUCGCAGGCAGCCUCUGGGUCCCUCCCGCUCUCCUGCGCGUGUGCUUUUGUUUUUUUAUUUCAAACAGACAUUGAAAAAGAAAAAACAAAACAAAACUACCUUCUGUCCUAGAAGGUACAGACUGACAGAUGGGGAGAAGGCUACCGUUGACCUCAGAGAACACUGCCUCCUGCCUCGGCCGUCCUUUGGCAGCUGGAGAGGCCACAGGAAGUCACGGCCUCGGCCACGAUAUGCUCGGGGUGUCGGGGGGGGCCACCUGAUUAACGUUAUUUGUCGUCCCUUCCUCGAGCAGCGAAACCACCCGCGUGGCUAGGAUGAACCUGAUGAUGAUGAUGAUGAUGAUUUUUUUGUGAUAACAGUAUUGUGCUUUUUGUGGGGAAAGUGAGUUUUUUUUAUACAUAUAUAAUUGAUAUCUUUUAUUUAUUGGUUGUUAACUGUUGCUGCUGCCUCAUGUGUCCAAAGCUCCCAGGGAUGUGGGGCCUACCGUUUACAAGUGCACGCCCUCGCCCACCUGCCCACCUGCGCUUGGGAGGAUGGUGGCCUGCAGCGGCCUAGAAGCCAAAAAACUUUCUCUCUCUCUCUUUUUUUUUUUUCCCAGAUACUGUGCUCGAUGUUUGGAGAGGGGGAAGGGUGGCUUUCUUAAAUGGCUAAUGCACUGUUUCCCCCCACCCCCAGCCCAAAUGCCUCCUCCUGAACCCCUUUUCUCUGCUUCCUGUCCACACUCCCCAUCCUGUGUCUUCCUCUGGGUCCACAGCAUCUUUUCUGAGGACAAACAGGGGAUAUCUUUUGGUUUCUCAACUCUUGCUUUGGUGUUUGCAGCAGCACGGAGCCUGGGAGCCAACAAGGGAGGACUGGGUACAUUAGGAAAGGGGAGGAGGGCACUCUUUGCAAGCAGGUGAGCAGAAGGAAGGGCUCCUUCUCCCUCCGUCGUGGAUUUUGAAAACCGUCACUCAGUUCUCUCCCACGUGCUCUUCUGCCUGCCGGUCUGCCUUGUCCGGUAGACCACAGAGCAUCCUUCUUCCCUUUCCUCUCUCAGCGCAGAUGCUGGGAGGGAGGGCAGGAGGGAAGAGCACAGCAGUGGCUGCUCCUAGGGGCUCUGGCCCACAUGCGCUCAUAGGAAGCUUCUAACCCCGCCUGCCACCGAGACAGGAUGGCCCUGGAACUGCCACCAGGAAAGUCAGAUGACCUUGGACCGAGGCCAGGAACCUGCAGCUGGCCCUGCUCUGUGAUUGUGGGCAGGCCCCAGCCCUCUCUGGGCCCCAGCUACCCCAGCUGCAGAACCAGGAGGCUUGGGCUGCUUGAACUGGAAGGUCCUUUUCCAUGCUGACAGUGUAUAAUCGUAAGGCGGGGUCUUUUACAGUUUAUGAUUCUGCGGUCUGCGGCUAAGUUUGCCAGACCCCAACAGACACGAGAUCCGUCUGAGUCACUAUUUUGUCUCUUGGCACAAGUCUCUGGGGACAUGGCAGCUGCUGGUUGUGUUGUGUGGGGUCAGAUGACCUACCUGGUUCUCUCUGCAGUUCUUCCUGGUCCCUGCUGGACUCUUGAACUGUCUUUUUGGCCCAGAACUAGUCCUCAUCGAAGGAAGUCUUCUGGCAUGGGAAGCAGCCUCCCAGACUAUGUAGGGCCCAGCCUGACUCUAGAAUUCCUGCUUCUUUGCAAAGUCAGCAGCCUGUCCUCUCCCUGCUUACUCCAGCCCCAGGAGAGGAAAAGCUGGCCCUUGGUUCUCACUUUGAAUUGUCCUUGGUCUUCACUUUGCACUUUCCCAGGAGGCCAGGGCGUCUGCUAAUUAACCCAGAGCACGGCUCUGCCAGCGUGGGUCUUGCAUGUCCGUUCCCGCUGGCUGGACCGCUCAGCCAGUCCCUGACUCCCUUCUUGCUCAGCAGAGCCCGUGGCUGUCCCCAACCUCUGCUGUAAGCCCCCAGAUUCCGCGGGUACCGGGAGCGCUUUGAUCUUCACAGGUGACUUUGCAGGUUGGGCCCCUCGAGGCCCCUGCAGUCACCUUCCUACUCAGGCCACUGGCUCAGGAGCCCCAGGACUCCCCCACCCAAUCCUGGCUCUGGCCUAGGACCUUAGGGCAGGAGAUUGACUUGGUGGCUUGGGGCUGGAGGAGGGGAGAGGGGGGGCCCUUCCCCACGUCACAUUACUUCUCCGGCUUCUGCCUGAGCCUCGAUUUACGUCUCUGGCCCAGUGGGGAGGAGCUGUCGAGCAGCCCGUGCUAGAGGCAUCAUCUCGGUGAGGGACUUGUCGUUAAGGAUCAUCCAGGCUUAUGCGUGUGGAUUCCCCCCCGCGCCCCUCCCCCCCCCAGCUCAGGCAUCAGUUCCCAGGCGUCUAUGAGCAUCUGCCCAUGAGGCCUCCCUCCUCCCUUCUUGCCCUCUGUCCUGUUGGCUUGGAGCCACGGGUGUGGCUUUUGGCCUUAGCAGGCCUCCUGUGGCACCU